UAGAAAAAUUAAUCCGUUGAGGUUUCAUUACAUGUAUAUGGUAUGCUCUGCUAAAUCAGUUCUGUGGUAAAAACAGACGCAUAAGUAUCAUUUUCAGAGUUUGUUUUGGCAUAAAAGUAGAAAAUAUUGGAAACGAUAGCAAACGAUACAAUAUGAUUUCUGUGGGACUUUUUCUGUUUAUAAAUGUGAUGGUCAGUUUACAACUUGCAGAUGGCCACAGUGAGAAUAAGAAGAUGGUAGAAAAUAUUAAAGACGGAAGACAUUCACGUUUGAUCCAAGUUCUGCUUUCCCGUUUAACCUGUCCAGAAAAUGCAUACUGGGACUCUGACACAGAACAAUGUGAAAAUAAUGAGAGGGUUCGGAAGCAAAUACUGCAAACGUCUGCUUCCUGUCCUCCUAAUGAGAAUUGUCAAUGUGGUGAAGGUUAUUUCUAUGACCCGAUUAAAGGAAUGUGUAUACCUGAAUCAGGUUGCUGUAAUGGAAACGUACCUGGAUAAAGUACAUUGUCAUGUGAUGUACAGAUAUGUUAUAUUAUUUUAUUUUCGAUAAAUCUUUGACCAUCAAAAUGCUUGUAAUAGAAAAACAGUUGAAAAAAAAAGAUUAUUAAAAUCAUUACAUAUUUGAA